UCGCGCUGAGGAGACGAUCCGAAAUAGCCAUUUAAUGACCCUUCUUUGUUUAUUAUUCUUCCUGCCGUCCGCCUGAUGGAGGGGUUAUAAUGGGACGACCGGGACAACGAGAUAAAUAUAAUGUCAGAUCAACACAGCAAUUCGUCAUGAACAAAAAGUCGCACAAGAAAAAGCAGAAACGUCGGACGCGCAACAAGGAGAAUAUAAUUGAAGAUGUUGCGAAUACAAAAGAAGACGCAAAAGACACACAGGCAGAAGAGUCAGAAAAACCUAAGCAGGAACUGUGUUAUGAGAUCAAACAUUCAAAAGAAAUGGGAAGAUACAUAACGGCAUCUCGAGACAUCAAAGCCGGCGAGGUGAUUAUCGAAGCGCCCGCGCUCGUCGUGGGGCCUUGCUCCGGUUGCGCGCUGAUUUGCCUCGGUUGCUACCGGGAGGUGGAUGAAACUAAUAUUACGAAAUGUACAGGUUGCAAAUGGCCGCUGUGCAGCAGAUCGUGUCCAGGACUCGGGAAGUACACUGGCCAUUCGACAUAUGAGUGUGUGACGUUGAAGACGAUCACACCUAACUACAAUGAUAUUGAAGACUUAAAAGAUUCUUAUCAAGCAAUAGCACCUUUGAGGUGUUUACUUUUAAAAAGAGAAGAUCCCGACAAGUGGGCGGCAAUAUCUUCCAUGGAAGCUCAUAAUGACAUUCGUCGCGCUCGUGGCGACAUCUGGCCAAUGAACGACAGAAACGUCGUGCAGAGGCUUAAGAAGUGGGGCUUGGAGUACGAUGAUGAGGAGAUACAUACUGUCUGUGGUAUACUAGAGGUAAACGCAUUCGAAGUGGGCGGAAGUGGAGCUAACGCUCGUGCUCUGUACGAUGCAGCGUUCCUGCUCGCGCACGACUGCACGCCCUCCACCACGCACACGGACGCCGAGCACAAGCCCGGCCGCCCGCUCACCAUCAGAGCAUCCAUACCGCACAAGGCGGGGGACAUCAUAUCGCUGUGCUAUGCGUAUACACUCCAGGGCACGCUGCGGCGACGCGAGCACCUGAAGCUGAGCAAGUUCUUCGAGUGCGGCUGCCGGCGCUGCGCCGACCCCACGGAGCUGGGCACGCAGGCGAGCGCGCUCCGCUGCCCGCGCUGCGGCGCGCGCGUGCUGCCCGCCGCGCCGCUGCAGCCCGCCGCGCCCUGGCGCUGCGGCUGCGGGUACGGCGCGGCGCCCGCCGCUGUGCAGGCGCUGCUCCGCAGACUAACAGAGGAAUUGGAGCAGAUCGACGCCAACGACGUUCUCGGCUUCGAGAACUUUCUCAGCAAGUACCGGAACGUCCUCCACGACAGUCACUACCUGUUUCUGUCUGCGAAGCACUCUCUGAGCCAGCUCUACGGGAAGGUGUCGGACUACAUGAUACACCAGAUGCCGGAGGAACUGCUGCACAGGAAGGUCGAGAUAUGCAGGGACCUGAUGAAGGUGUUCGACGUAAUCGAACCGGGAUACUCGAGGUUACGAGGUAUCACUCUGUAUGAACUCCACGCACCGCUCAUGGUGCUCACAACGAGAGAUUUUGAGAAAAAGGCUAUUACUAAAGAAAAUUUGCGAAAUCGUCUUAAAGAGAUCGUAAGCUACCUGACGGAGUCAGCUCUGAUCCUGGGUUUCGAGCCGCGCCACUCGCCCGAGGGUCUGAUGGCGGCCGCCGCGAGAGACGCGCUCAAGAAGAUCAAGACAUGGGAGCACAUCAUCGGGAAAAUAUCAUGAAUAUUAUAAAAUAUUUGAUAUUGUCUGUUAAAUAAAGUGUAUUAUAAUAAA